CAGCGGCGGUCGGGGCGGGCGAGCGGCGCCGGGCAGGGCCCCGCGGGUCUUUCGGCUACGGGAGAGGAGGGAGCGGGAGCGGCGGCGCGAUGAACCUGGAGCUGCUCGAGUCCUUCGGCCAGAACUACCCCGAGGAGGCGGACGGGACCCUGGACUGUAUCAGCAUGGCCCUGACGUGCACCUUCAACCGCUGGGGCACCCUGCUCGCCGUGGGCUGCAACGACGGCAGGAUCGUCAUCUGGGACUUCCUGACCCGCGGCAUCGCCAAGAUCAUCAGCGCGCACAUCCACCCCGUGUGCUCGCUGUGCUGGAGCCGGGACGGGCACAAGCUGGUCAGCGCCUCCACAGACAACAUCGUGUCGCAGUGGGACGUGCUGUCCGGGGACUGUGACCAGAGGUUCCGCUUCCCCUCGCCCAUCCUCAAAGUCCAGUACCACCCCCGGGACCAGAACAGGGUGCUGGUGUGUCCCAUGAAGUCGGCGCCGGUGAUGCUGACGCUCUCCGACUCCAAGCACGUGGUGCUGCCCGUGGACGACGACUCCGACCUCAACGUGGUGGCCUCGUUCGACCGGAGAGGGGAAUACAUCUACACCGGGAACGCCAAGGGCAAGAUCUUGGUCUUAAAAACAGACACUCAGGAUCUUGUUGCUUCCUUCAGAGUGACCACAGGGACCAGCAACACCACGGCCAUAAAAUCCAUCGAGUUCGCCCGCAAAGGGAGCUGCUUCCUGAUCAACACGGCCGACCGGAUCAUCCGCGUGUACGACGGGCGGGAGAUCCUCACGUGCGGCCGCGACGGAGAGCCCGAGCCCAUGCAGAAACUGCAGGACCUGGUCAACAGGACCCCCUGGAAGAAGUGCUGCUUCUCGGGGGACGGGGAGUACAUCGUGGCGGGCUCUGCCCGGCAGCACGCGCUCUACAUCUGGGAGAAGAGCAUCGGCAACCUGGUGAAAAUCCUGCACGGCACGCGCGGGGAGCUGCUGCUGGACGUGGCGUGGCACCCGGUGCGGCCGAUCAUCGCCUCCAUUUCCAGCGGCGUGGUUUCCAUAUGGGCUCAGAACCAAGUGGAAAACUGGAGCGCCUUCGCCCCAGACUUCAAGGAGCUGGACGAGAACGUGGAAUACGAGGAGAGGGAAUCGGAAUUCGACAUCGAGGACGAGGAUAAGAGCGAGCCGGAGCAGACAGGUGCCGAUGCUGCGGAGGAUGAGGAGGUGGACGUGACCAGCGUGGAUCCCAUCGCCGCCUUCUGCAGCAGCGACGAGGAGCUGGAGGAUUCCCGGGCGCUGCUCUACCUGCCCAUCGCUCCCGAGGUGGAGGAUCCCGAGGAGAAUCCCUACGGGCCGCCCCCGGACGCCGUGCCCGGAGCGCUGCCCGACGAGGGGCUGGGCGCCGACAGGAAGCGCCCCGGCUCCUCGGACGGGCCGCAGGCGCCCCGCAAAAAACCCAAAACCACCAACAUCGAGCUCCAGGGAGUCCCCAACGACGAGGUGCACCCGCUGCUGGGCGUGAAGGGCGACGGUAAAUCCAAGAAGAAGCAGGCGGGCAGGCCCAAAGGAUCAAAAGGUAAAGACAAAGACUCUCCAUUUAAGCCGAAACUCUACAAAGGGGACAGAGGUUCUUUACCUCUGGAAGGAGCGGCCAAGGGCAAGGUGCCGGCGGAGCUGGGCCAGCCCCUGACAGGUAAGGAACCGCCGUCGCCUCCUCGGUGGCCUCGCUUUGUCACCCCCUGCCUCCUGAAAGCCUCGCCGGCUCCCCGAAAUUCCUCCCUCCCCGCUCAGCUGCUGGCAAGGACGGGCAAAAGCUGCGGUUUUGGGGGGGUUUGCCGGUGUUUUUCUGUAAAAAAAACCAAAAAAACCCCCCGAGUUCUGCUCGUGAGAGAGCUGGGGAGAUGGAUUUCCACCCUGGAGGGGUUCGGUGGGUGCUGAGCUGCUCCUGAAUUGAAAUUGUUUUAAUUGGUUCGGUUCCUUGGCUCGGCUCCUGCAGGAGCUGUGAGAUGGGCAGGGCUGGGGUUGAGUUUUGAGGGAAAAUGGGGAUGAGGAGGGAUUCUGCGGUUCUGUGGGUGCUGGGAGCCGUUCAUAAAUCAAAACUCAUUUUAAUUCCUUCAAUUCCUUCCCUCAGCUCCUUUAGAAAUUAUAAAAUACCUGAAUUUUAGUUGAUUUUGGGGGGGGAAAUGGGAAUGAGGAAAGAUUCUGCGGUUCUGUGGGUGCUGGGAGCCGUUCAUAAAUUAAAACUCAAUUAAAUUCCUUCAAUUCCUUCCCUCAGCUCCUUUAGAAAUGAGAAAAUACCUGAAUUUUAGUUGAUUUUGGGGGGGAAAUGGGAAUGAGGAAAGAUUCUGCAGUUUUGUGGGUGCUGGGAGCCGUUCAUAAAUUAAAACUCAAUUAAAUUCCUUCAAUUCCUUCCCUCAGCUCCUUUAGAAAUGAGAAAAUACCUGAAUUUUAGUUGAUUUUGGGGGGGAAAUGGGAAUGAGGAAAGAUUCUGCAGUUUUGUGGGUGCUGGGAGCUGUUCAUAAAUCAAAACUCAUUUUAAUUCCUUCAAUUCCUUCCCUCAGCUCCUUUAGAAAUGAGAAAAUACCUGAAUUUUAGUUGAUUUUGGGGGGGGAAAUGGGAAUGAGGAAAGAUUCUGCAGUUUUGUGGGUGCUGGGAGCUGUUCAUAAAUUAAAACUCAUUUUAAUUCCUUCAGUUCCCUCCCUCAGCUCCUGCAGAAAUUAUGGAAUGGGCAGGUCUGGGGUUGAGUUUUGAGGGGGAAAUGGGAAUGAGGAAAGAUUCUGCAGUUUUGUUGGUGCUGGGAGCUGUUCAUAAAACUCAUUUUAAUUCCUUCCCUCAGCUCCUUUAGAAAUUAUAAAAUAUCUGGAUUUUGCUUGAUUUUUCGGGGGAAAUAAGGAUUCUGAAGUUUUGUGGGUGCUGGGAGCUGUUCAUAAAUUAAAACUCGUUUUAAUUCCUUCCCUCAGCUCCUUUAGAAAUGAGAAAAUAUUGGAAUUUUGGUUGAUUUUGGGGGGGAAAUGGGAAUGGGGAAGGAUUCUGCAGUUAUUUUGUGCCAUCAUUGACAGAGCAGAGGGGGGGAAGAAGGAGCAUCAAAAAAAAUUUGAGGAAAAAAAAACCCCUGGGAUAAAAUCCAGGAGCUGCAUUUCCUAAUCCCAGCUGUGCUGCAGCCCUUGAACUCCAGUUGAACUCCAGUUGAAUUCCAGUUGAAUUCCAGUUUAAACUCCUGUGGCGGCACAGCAGGAGAAAUUUGGGAUUUUCCUCCUUCACACUUGCUGCAAAUUGGGAAAAAUUGGGAUUUUCCCCCCUUUUUUUGCCAUAUUUUGCUCUCUGCCAGAGGGUUGAAUCCCAGCCUGAUCUCAAACAUUCCCCAUUAUCCAAUUUCCCUUUUUUGGGGGGAUUUUUUGGGAAAAGCUCCUCCAGGCCCAGCACAGAGGGCACAAUUUUGGCUGCAGUGAUGAUUUUUUAAAAAAAGUAUUUUAAUCCAGAACUCAUGGCUGGGAUAAAACCCAGCUCCAGAGACGGAUUUGGUGGAUGGAAUUUUGCAUUUCCUUGGUUCCAGCAGCUGCUGCCGUGGAUUUUAGGCUUGCCAGGAGUGAUUUAUUCCCUCUUUUCCUCCCCUUCCUGCUCAGCUCCUUGCUGUUGCUUGUCCUGAUCCUCGUUACUUCCAGGAAUUUUUUCAUGGAAAACCCUUGGGGAUGUUUCUGCCUGGAAAAGUCCGGGGCUGGAACAACCUCGGGUGGGAUUUGCGUGGCUGGGGGGGAAUUUUGGGGGGUUUUCCAGGUUUUUUUGGGUGUUUUCAAGGAUGGCAGGGAUCACCUGGAUCCUGGGUUGGAGAUCAUUAAUCUCGUGCUAAUUCUUGCUUUCAUCGCUGCUAAUUAAUAUAAUUAACAGCAGAAAUGAGAGAGGGUCAUGGCCUGGAAGCUGAACAUUGGGAGUUCCCAGGAGAAUUCCAAUCCUUGGCUUCCAAACGUUGCUGGAUCCUCGGAUUUUCCGUGUUGGAAGGGGCUGGAUGGGCAGGGGGUGCUCUCAGAAAAGAAAAAUGCUUUGAUUUUUAAUUAACACUGAAUUUUUAAUUAAUGUCGAUUUUUUUAAUUAACCCUGAACUACUUGGGGGGUGCUGACUGUAACUUUGUGCUCAGCUGCUGUUCCCAAUUCCCGGUUUUCUGUGGAGCUUGGAGUUACUCCCUCGCUGGGAAAUCCCAUUCCCGAUCCCUCUGGGAUGUUCCAAACUCCUUUCCUGGUUUUUCUGCUUUUCCCCUCUCCUUUUCCUGUUUGGGAGGAUUUUGGUGUGGAUUUGCUGUUGGUGCAGGAAAUUCUGGGAUUUAUUUCCCUGCUUUUGGCUCGGGAUGAGAUUCCUGAGCCAACCUGGGAAAUUUGUUUUCCCCAAAAAUGGCUUUAGGCUCAAAUUCCACUCGGUUUUCCCAUCGGCUGGAGGUGGCAGAGCUCCCUAAAAAUCUGCUUUUUAGGCUUUGGGGGCGUUUCCCAGGCAGGUUUGGGAUGAAGGGAAAAAAAUUCCUGCCUGGAAUGGUGAGGAGCUCCCAGAGGAGUCCCUGGAAGUGUCCGAGGAUUGAGGUUGGAGCAUCCCGGGCUCGUGGGAGGUGUCCCUGCCCAUGGAAUGGGAUUUCAGCUCCUUUCCCACCCAACCCGUGACAUUCCAUGAAAAAUCCACGUUCUCAUGGAAUUCCUGACCUCCUGCAGCCCUGAGCUGGGAGGAUCCAGUGGAUUCCCAGCGCAUCCCAGUGCUGGGAUCUCUGGAGGAGCCACGUCCCUCGGCUCUUCCCAGACCCACAGAAUUCCAUGGAAUUCUCUCUUUCCUUUCUCCUCUUCACGCCUGGCACCUAAAAAUUCCCAAAAUUUUGGGCCUCCAGCUUUUCCUCGGGGUUCCAGCACAUUCCAAAUUCCCAUGGAAUUUGGGUCCAGGCUCCCUUUUCCCACCCUGGCUGCACGGAGUGGGAAUUCUGAGUCCUGCAGGAACUAACCCGGGGCUGAAGCAGAAUUUUCCUGGAAAAACCUUUGGGAUUUCCGUGUGGGAGCCGCGUGCCUGGGGCUGGGAUUAAUUCUCUCGUGCGUGCUGGCAGAAAAACGUUAAAAUCAGAUUUUUGUGUUAAACUCAGCUUUUUUUUUAAAAACAAAAAGAGCAAUUCCAUCGUUUUUACAGUCUGGAAUAAAUCCCUCCGCUCCGGCCUCACCCAGGCUUAGGUGGGGCUCGAUUUCCUUGGGGUUUGCUCGGAAAUUUUGGGAAUUAGAGGUUAUUUGGGCACCAGGUAAGUUUGGGAAUAAAGAAUUCCUCAUCCUCCCAGAUUCUCCACGAAAUCCCGGAGCUGUCAACGAGCAGCCUCUUGGUGCUGAAAUUUUGGGGUUUUUAGCUACAAAAAUCUCACCCUCUCCCGUUUUUUUUCCUGCCGUCUCCCGGUUUUUGGGGUUUUGUUUUUCCCUGCAUUUCCCAUUUUUUUUUCCCUGCUCCUUUCGGGGCUCUCUGGUUUCUGGGAGCCUCUGGGCGGGGCUGCACACUCAUUUUCCCGUCUCUGCUCUCUUUAGCAGGUGGUGCAAUCUCAGAGUUGCUAUGAAGACUCUUCCCUUCUCCCCCUGUCUCCUUUCCUCUCUCGGCUCCCCCCCCCGGCGUGGAAACGCUGGAAUUCUCGCUGGAAUUCUCGGUCGGGACUGGCACAGACUGAAUUCCGUGGAUUCUUGGGGAGAUGUGGGGCAGGAGUGACUCUGCCGGGGGGAGCAGCCCCCGUGCCCCCGCUGCCUCUGCGCGGAUCGGGCGCGGCCGGCCCGGGAACGCUCCCACCCUGCUCCAGCCGGGAAUUCCGGGGGCAAAUCCCGGCCCCGAGCCACCCGAGCCCCUUCCCUGCCGCUCCAGAGCCUCUCCACCUCUAUCUCCCGAAACCUCUCAUCAUUCCCGGAUGGAAGGACGCCCCAAAGUGGGAAUUUGGGUUCCUGACUGCAUCCUGCAGAGUUCCCCUUUUCCAGCUGGGAAUUCCCAGCUCUGAGCCCCUUCCUGCCCGGCUUCUCCCGGCUGACAGGAUCGGGGUGGGGCGCUGAGCCCAGCCCGGAUUUUCAGGAAUUUCCGGUGGGAUGUGAGGAGCUGAGGCCCCUCUGGAAUCUGCCGUGGGUUUGUGUUUAUUUCUCCCGCUCUGCCCGUGGCAGAAGGAGCAGCUUUAGGAAAAAACCUCAUUUUCCAGUGGUUUUAUUUUUCCCAGCCUGUGAUUCCCAAAGCUCUGCUGGGAUUCCCUCCUGUCCUUUCCAGUGGUUUUGUUCCUCCUCUUUUCAUGGGAAAAGCUCCUCCAGGAAUAUCCAGGCUCCUCCUUCACCGGGAGAUAAAUCAAAACCAAUUUUAUUUUUUUUCUCUCGGAACUGAAACAGAACUUUUCCGAAGGGUUUCUGUUUUUCCCACUUCUGGGUUAAAAUUGGGAGCUGGCAGCUGAUUCCCAACCUUUUAUUCCCUCGGGAUUUCCCGUAGGAAUGGGAAUGGCACUUCCCCUGUCCAGCACCCACAGCCUGGCACCUCUUCUCCCGCUCCAACCUCCUGAUAAAAGGAAAUUUCAUUCCUAAAUCCCAUUUAUUUUUUUUUUUUAUUUUUCCCCAGACUGUGGAGUUUCAUUGCUCUGGGUGUUCCCCCCGGUGGAAUUAUUGGGAUUACCAGGAGUGUUUGAAUUCCCUGGCUGGAAAGCAGGGAGGGAGCUGUGCAGGGGUGGAUCCGCAGCCAGAGCUGCAGAUCACAAAACGAGGAGAGAGGAGACAUUUGGAAAUCAAGAGGUUUUGAAAUCCUUCCAGACUUGACGUUUUCAUUCCCAGCUUUGGGGACGUUUGGGUUCAUAUCGGGGAAUUUAUGACCAGGAGUGUAAAAAUUCCUUUAUUUUUUUGUUCUUUUUGCUUGUGGGGUGACUCUGCCGUGCCAAAGCCUCCCCGGGCCUGAGCCCCCGAAUUCCAAGUGCAGGGGCCGAGGCUCUGCAGGAUGGGUGAAAGCCUGGAAUUCACCCCAAAUCCAGCGUUCCCUCUGUACAGUGUAAAUGCCCUGCCCUUGUUUAUUCCCAUCCUUCUGUUGUUCCCGCCUUUAUUUUAUUCCCUGCUUUAUUCCCAUCCUUAUUUUAUUUCCCGGUUUAUUCCCAUCUUUAUUUUAUUCCCUGCUUUAUUCCCAUCCUUAUUUUAUUUCCUGCUUUGUCUCCAUCCUUCUUUCCUGCUUUAGUCUUAUCUUUGUUUCCCGGUUUAUUCCCAUCUUUAUUUUAUUUCCUGCUUUAUUCCCAUCCUUAUUCUAUUCCCUGCUUUAUUCCUAUCCUUAUUUUAUUUCCCGGUUUAUUCCCAACUUUAUUUCUUGCUUUGUUCCCAUCCUUAUUUUAUUUUAUUCCCAAUCUUAUUUUCUUUCCUGCUUCAUUCCCACCGUUAUUUUAUUUCUCACUUUGUUCCCAUCUUUGUUGCAUUUCCUGUUUUUUUCCCGCCCUUAUUUUAUUUCCCAGCUUAUUCCCAUCCUUCUUCCCGGCUUUAGUCUCAUCUUUAUUUCCUAGUUUAUUCCCAUCUUUAUUUUAUUUCCUGCUUUAUUCCCAUCCUUAUUCUAUUCCCUGCUUUGUUCCCAUCCUUAUUUUAUUUUAUUUUAUUUUAUUUUAUUUUAUUUUAUUUUAUUUUAUUUUAUUUUAUUUUAUUUUAUUCCCAAUCUUAUUUUCUUUCCUGCUUCAUCCCCACCAUUAUUUUAUUUCUCACUUCGUUCCCACCUUUGUUGUAUUUCCUGUUUUAUUCCCGCCCUUAUUUUAUUUCCCGGUUUAUUCCCGUGUUUUGUACGACGUUGGAUCAGCCCCUGCCGUGGUGGUGGUGGUUCUGUGUUUGUAAAUAAAGAGGUACCUUCCAUUUCCUAAAACCCA